GCGGAUGCGGCCGGGCUGACCGGAGCGGCCGGCGCGGGGAGGCAGAUGGCGGAGUCCGGGCCGCAGCCCCUGGGGGCCCCGAGCCGGCACGAGAAGAGCCUGGGGCUGCUCACCACCAAGUUCGUGUCGCUGCUGCAGGAGGCCAAGGACGGCGUGUUGGACCUCAAGCUGGCAGCGGAUACCUUGGCGGUGCGGCAGAAACGGCGAAUCUACGACAUCACAAAUGUUCUGGAGGGCAUUGGGCUGAUCGAGAAGAAAUCCAAGAACAGUAUCCAGUGGAAAGGUGUGGGCCCAGGCUGUAACACUCGUGAGAUAGCGCACAAACUCAUUGAGCUGAAGGCAGAGAUAGAGGACCUGGAGCAGCGCGAACAGGAGCUGGAGCAGCAGAAGAUGUGGGUCCAGCAGAGCAUCAAAAACGUCACAGAAGAUGUACAGAACAGCGGAUAUCCUUUCAGCACGCCCAGCUCCCGGAAGCUGCACCUUUUCUCCUUAACCGCAGGAACGUUAGCCUAUGUGACGCACGAAGAUAUCUGCAAGUGCUUCACAGGAGACACCCUCCUAGCAAUUCGAGCACCGUCAGGCACUCGGUUGGAGGUUCCCAUUCCGGAGGGCCUGAAUGGACAGAAGAAAUAUCAGAUCCAUCUGAAAAGCACUAGUGGUCCAAUUGAUGUCCUCCUCGUAAACAAAGAUGCUUUGAGCUCCCCCCCUGUGGUGCUCCCUGUCCCUCCCCCUGAAGACCUCAUUCAAUGCCAGCCAGUCGUGCCCGCUAAACCACAGAGAUCGCCUGUUGCCCACUUCCAGGAGGCAUCUGUCCCCAGCAGUACGCACCCGUCCACGCCCACACCGACCAGCACUCAGGACCACAGCCCAGCUGCACAGAAAACAACGAGCCCAGAAUGCAGUGUUUCGGCAGCAGAGUCCAAGAGCAGCAGCGACUUCGACCCUCUCAGCUCAGUGGCCGCGCCAGCCAGCCAGCCACCGGUAUUAGAUACGCAGCCGCUCCAGUCAUCUGCCUCGCUAGACAGCAGCUCCGUCCUGCCCAAUCCCUCUACCUCCUUUGAGCCAAUCAAGCCAGAUCCCACAGAGAUGCUGGAACUUCCCAAAGAACUCUCGGAGAUGUUUGAGCCAACACGAGAAUGUAUGAACUCCGAGCUGCUGGAAGAGCUGAUGUCCUCCGAAGUAUUUGCUCCCUUGCUCCGCCUCUCCCCUCCCCCCGGAGACCACGACUACAUCUACAACCUGGAUGAGAGCGAAGGCGUCUGCGACCUCUUCGACGUGCCUAUCCUCAACCUCUGAUUCCCCGGCGUGGCGGCCGGGCUGGUGAACGGACUGUUUUGUAGCUGGCUUUGGAAAGUCUCUUCGGAUUCCUUUUGUGCUAGUGCUGGAUGAGUCAGAGGGGCUCUUGGCAAGACAUGGACUUGCGGACUGGGAGCCUCCCCGUAGCUUCUCUCUUCCCGUGUUGCACAUGCCAGGUCCUUGAGUUACCUCACCCUACUACAUCUCUGUCUCUCCACUGGAUCCUAGGCCUCUUUUGAAAGGCUUCGUAUUUGAACCUUCCCUGUAUAGCUUUGCCCAUGUGCCUCACAGAGCUUCCGUCCAUCCGCAUGCCUUGGAUUUCCUGCACUUCCACAGGCACUUUGCAUCUCCUAGGCAUCAGCUGCUAGAGGGCAUCUUAGUAUGAUGGUCAGUUAGCAAGUCCAGAAGUAGUUAGCUGAACCCAUCAGUGGACGGCAGCCUUGGCCCCUCUCCGAUUAGGGUGGGUGUGCUUGGCUGUGAAAAUUGGCCCUGUGAGCUCUGGUCCUCAGUGACUCCAGCUAGUUCAUUUGACAAGUGAAAAGCAAUUGGCAGCUGCUAGCUGUGCCGUUCGGGCCCAGGAGCUGAGCUGAGUCAUGCAUUCCCCCUGCCCUCUCCCUGGUAGGGUUGGCGAUCCUGCAUCAGGCCUUGUUAUUUAAACCUCUGUGCUGAAGCAUGAAGAGGCUCCAUUUCCACUCCCUCUCCUGGAGCUGUGCUGAGGGGCUGUUUUUUCUGACAUCUGGGAAUCA